UAUCGAAUGUGCGGAGUGAUUCAUAAAUAGGCUCCCGUCCCCAGUCCCCAGUCCCCAAUAGUGUAAACUGGAAGGAAAAAAGUGCUAUGACAACAGGUGCACAAUGUAGGUCCGUGGGAGGCAGCUUUCGGUGCAGGUGUGGUGAAUGUAAUGGAAAUCAACCAUCGGGUAAAUCACGGAGAAAAACAUCCUCAGCACUGGAGGAGCUGCAAGUUGAUCGUAGACCCUGCGUUGAAUAAUGGGUUUGAUAAAGUGUAUCGUUACGAUGGGCAUCAUUUCAACAUGCCAGUUCAGGACUUAGGGGCAUUUCCUGUGGAUACUGUCCGGGAUCCCAGAAUCUGUCGUCUUUGGACCAAAUUCAGAGACACUGACCUGCUGGUCCCCAAAUUUAAGAUUGAUGAAUGCUAUGUCGGCCCACCCAAGGAAGUGACAUUUGCCAGGUUAAAUGACAACGUAAGGGAGGGUUUCUUGACUGACAUGUGCAUAAAGUACGGACAGAUUGAGGAAGUGGAAAUCUUCUAUAAUCCUAAAAACAAGAAGCAUUUAGGAAUUGCUAAAGUCAUCUUCGACACAGUCAAGGCUGCAAAGGACACUGUGGAACACCUUCAUGACACCUCUGUCAUGGGGAACAUUAUCCACGUGGAACUUGAUCCAAAGGGUAAAAACAGAAUGCGGUACUUCCAUCUUCUUGUUAGUGGACUCUACACCCCUUCAACAUUGCCACUGGGCAGUGAUGAGCACACCCUCCAACGCCUAACUGAGAGAUUGCAGGACAGCAAACCUCUGCAGAAACUGACUGAUGGGAGUUCAUCAUUGACAAGGUCUAUUUCUAGUCCCACCAGCGUGGCUACACCUCUCUCCCUAGACACAGCCUACUCCAGUAUCUGGCAGGACACACCGGGCAGCUUUGGGCAGACACCCCUCUCUCAGGGCACCCCUCAUACCCCCUGCCUGUCUGGGACCCCCCUCUCUCAGGACUCUUGUUACUCUAGCCAGCACACCACCCCAGUCCACCAAGUCACUCAGGGUGAACACUCCUCAUACGGUGCUCACAGACGCUUGAGGCGCGAAGUCUGCUAUCGUCAACCAGGGAGACCUUAUAUGAGAUCCCACCAUCAGAGCUCAGAGCUGAGCUCUCUCCUCAAACACCUCCAACCUCACCGUCCUCUCCAGCCCCAAACACAGGUUGCUAGCGGCAGCUACAAAUCUUCCGUCUUCUGGUAUCAGAACCGCCUGCCCUCGGGUGAUGAUAACCCUGCCACAGAGCCUCCCCUCCACCUCUCCCUUCCUGAACAAGAGUCCUGGAGGGUGCCCUCUAUACCUCCUGCCUCUGAGGCUUUCCCUCUGAGCAGCAGCUCUGCCAGUGCCACAAGUAUGAACGUGGUACCUCUGAGGGAGAGACCCCAGUCUCCCCCUUCUGGACCCGAUGCGUGCCUUAUAGAACCGCCCCCUUCCCCUCCCAAUAACUCUCCUGGAAGCCUCAUCCCAGAGGCAGAGAGCCACAGCCUGGACUCACGCAUUGAGAUGCUUCUCAGCAAGACUCAGAGUUCCUGCCUUCCUCUACAUGGUGAAAGGGGUUUGGAUGCUGAAGUGCACUCUCAGGACAGCCCUGUUUCCCCAUUCUCCCCUGCCUCGAUGUACUCUCCUGAAUCUGACCACACCCCAGCCCGUAGUGGAUCUCCUGUGAACUGUACCCACCCCACCACCAGUGAUGGUCUGGAGGAUGUUAGUCCCACUCCCCUCCCUGAGUGGGAAGGAGACGAGUCCCUUCCAGGGAUGUCUUCUCUAAUAUGGACCUCACAGCCCCCCUGCCCUCCUGGGACGCUCUCUCUCACUCAAAGGGAGAGAAGUAAAGGAACAGAGAUGGACCAUGCAGAUCAGUCAACCUCUAGUGAAAAGUAUAUGGGACGGGCACUCCAUUCCUUAUCAUUUUCUCAGGGUCUCCAUUUGCCAGGGGAAGACAAGGACAUCUCAAAUGCGGGGCAAUCUGGAAUGUCGAAUCUCAAAAGCCAUUGUUCCAGGAGCAUCACAGUCAUUCCCUCCUUGCGACAGCCUCUUCCAAUCUCCUCUCUCAAUCACCCUGCUCCAAUCCCUCCCUACAAUCCUCACUCUUCAGUUCCCUCUUCCAAUCCUCCCCCAUCAAUCACCCACUCCAACCUCCCCAUUCGAUUCUCUCCCUCCAACCCUCACCCUCAAAUCCACCCUUCCAUCCAUCCCAUUUCUGCUCCUCUUUCUAUUCCAAUCCCACCUCCAAGAUUCCAUCUGCUUCCUCCACACAUUCCUCCCCCUCUCACUAUCCUUGGGCCUCCUCCAACUAUGGCAGCCCCCCCCUCUAUCCUACAUCCAGUUUACCCAUAUCCCUUGAAUACGCUGCACACUGUGCAUAUGGACAAGGUGAAUGGUCUGCCUGGGUGUGGCAGUGUGCCAGUGUCUUUUACUGGGCAACCCUGGCCCCUGCCUCCCUUCAUGCCCACCUUCAACCCCUCUGUGCCCCCGCCAGGCUACCUGCCUCUGCAGGAGGACCCUCAUAAGGCCACAGUGGAAAAGGUGCUGGCUGUCAUUACGGAGGAGCUUAAGUCCAUCGUGAAGAGAGACAUCAACCGUAAAAUGGUUGAGGGGGUAGCCUUCAGGGCGUUUGAUGAGUGGUGGGAUGGCCAGGAGCUGAAAGCUAAGAUUGCUGUAAGUCUUGUGAAUGCCAGAGAGGGUAGAGUGGAGGUCAGGGCCAAACCAAGAGACUCCCUAAGACAGAACAUUGGCCCACGUGGUGCCACCAACCUGCCUUCCUUCAAGGUAAAGAAGAAAGAGUCCGACGAAUCGACUGCCUCAGAGGACCCCAAAAGAAAGUGUCCCUACACACCUGUUAAUGAUGCACAUGAGAGUGCUGAGCUGGAGAGAAACAUAACGAAUCACACAUUGGACAGGUCCCCAAAAACUGGAACUAUUCCAGCUGUGAGGCGAAGACAUGCAAGGCCACUGGAGCUGGACAGUGAGGGGGAAGAGGAGAGCAAAGAGAAAGAGGGGGAGCCAACAAGAGACAAAGAGGAGGAUACUGUGGAAGCAGACAAGGUUCCCCAACGCCAGCAGAGGGAUGAAAAUGAUGACAGUGAACAAAAAGAGGAAGAAGUGGACGAGGAUGAAGAUGAUGAUGAAGAUGAUGAAGAUGUGCUCUUCUCUAAAGUUACAAGAGGAUUACAGUCUCCAAAUGAGGAAGUUGCCAGGGUAAGCCUCUCAGAGGUAGAGUCUUACUCCUCAGAAGACAGUGAAUACCUCUCAGAGUCUGACUCCUCUGACUCCUCCUUUGAGGAAAGUGAAGACUUCUCAGACUAUGACUCCAGUUCUGACCAGGAGACAGAGGAAGAGGAGGAGACCGAUGAAGAUGCUGAUGAGGUCAACAGGGAGGUAGAGUGUGUGGUGUUGUCAUCAGAUGAGGAGGAGAUGGAUCUGGAGCCCCCGGCCACACCCUCAGCCCCUCUUACCCCAGGCACGGAGCUGGACCUACUGGAUGGGUCAGAGCCGGUCCUGAGGGAUCAACCUUGGGAGGAGAAGCACUCAGUCUGUCUGACUCGAGAUUUCUUUGGGCGCACCAGCUGCACAAGCCGACCUGACCCAGGGAUGGAGCUCCUGUCCAGUGAGCACCACCAUGAUCUCCAGGCCCCCUCACCCAUAGGACUGCCAGCAGUGGUGGAGCCUGACUUUGCAGUGGAGAUAGAUAGCCCUGAAUGGAGCGUUGAGUCACCAGAUAACGUGGAGAACCUCCGGCCUCUCACCCCCACUGGCUCUCUGGGGGACAGCGACUCAGACCUACUGUUCAAGAGCAAACCAACCCCCCCUGCUGUGGAGGAGGUGGAACUGCCACACACUCCUGGUCGGGGAGCAGAGCCCCUCCUUGAGAGUGAGGAGGACUCUAUGGACCACCUCCUCUCCUUUUCCCCCACAGACAGUGAGCCUUUGUCCCAGAGCCGCCCCACUCAUCCCCCUGCCUUAGCCUCGUACCCAACAUACGAGGACAUGCCCAAAACACCAGGGAGAGAUGAGAGGGGUCUAUGGAAUCCCCUUACCCCCUGGAGGGUGCCAGUGACACCGGGCAGAGAGCCAGGCCUCACAGAGGGAGGCCCAGGGUUUAGUCCCACUCCCUGUAACCCUUUCCCCCUCCCCUCCCUGUGCACCGGCCUCUACAUCAGGACCCCACAAACUCCUGGGAGGGACUUCAUCCCAACCAAGAGAACACACAGGAAUACCACCGUUAUGUUGGCCUCUUCACAGAGGACUAAUGGUGCUCCUUUAUCCUGUGAUGAAAUGCUUACAGACUCACCUGUUUUAGCUUCUUCUCCUAGCAGCCUGUCUGAGUCAUCAGCAGAGACUUCUGGCCAUGGGUAUGUGUGGCUUGAUCCUAAUCCUGGGUCCCAGAGGAAGUUACCCCUGCAGGGCCUGGAGAACUGGUUAGGGCUGGCGGAUGUGGAGAACCAGAGAGAGAUGGAGAAGUGCUCCUGGAGGAGGGUACAACCAAGAAUGAGGCGGAAGAUGAGGCGGAAGAUGAGGCGGAGGAUGAGGCGAUGGCAAAGGAUGAGGUCAGUGCAGAGAGCCAUGCCCUCUGUCUUCUCGGCCAGUCCCUGUCGUCGGUCACGAAGUGAGGAGAUGACUGUCCUCCACAGUGUCUGGAAGGAGGGCCUGGAUGAGGAGGAUUCCAAGCUGCUGCAGGUCACCUAUGACAGGCUGCUACAGCAGGACAAUGGCUUCAGCUGGCUCAGUGACACUCUCUGGGUCCCCCACCCUCAUAUCCUUUACUACAGAGCUACUAACUGUUGCAAAUUGAAAUUAAUUAAGAAUUGCAUACAUAUUCCUCUAUACAUCAGUGAAUUAUUGUCUAGUUCCCUUGACCCCUUUGCACUCACCAGAGUCUUGACGGAGAAGAGGAAGGAGCUCAAUGAUUGGAUGUGGGACCAUGUGACAGGAUCUGCCCGCAGCGAGGGCUUUUACAAAAUCAGCAAGAAUGACAAAAUAAAAUACCUCAACAGCACGUGUUUGAAUACAGACCAGCCCUCUGCAGACACCCAGGGGGUGGGUCUUUCAAGCCAGCCACACCCUUCCCUGCGGUCUGAGUUCAGGUCUGAACAACGCCGUCUGCUCUCCUCCUUCAGCUGUGACAGUGACCUGCUCAGGUUUAACCAGCUUAAGUUCCGCAAGAAGAGGAUUCGUUUCUGCCGCAGUCACAUCCAUGACUGGGGCCUGUUUGCCCUGGAGCCCAUAGCAGCAGAUGAGAUGGUGAUUGAGUAUGUGGGCCAGUGCAUCAGACAGGUGAUUGCAGAUAUGCGGGAGAAGCGCUAUGAAGAUGAGGGGAUUGGGAGCAGCUACCUGUUCCGGGUCGAUCAGGAUACCAUCAUCGACGCCACUAAAUAUGGGAACUUGGCCAGAUUUAUCAACCACAGCUGCAAUCCUAAUUGCUAUGCAAAAAUAAUCACAGUGAAAUCCCAGAAGAAGAUAGUGAUCUACUCCCGGCAGCCCAUCAGUGUCAAUGAGGAGAUCACGUAUGAUUACAAGUUCCCCAUCGAGGAUGAGAAGAUUCCCUGUCUGUGUGGAGCAGAGAACUGCCAGGGCUCCCUCAACUGAACUGUGAACCCUUGUCUCCAGCCCCCCUCUCAAGCACUCCUGACUGUCCUGCUGCCUUACAGUUCCUGACAUAGGAAUAAUAAUACCUCCCUUUCCAACCAAGGUUCAUGAAGAGUGGAGCAAGCUGAAGAUUCAAAGAUGUUCAGCAACUCUUGGGCAGACAAUUGAAGUUCCUUUAAAAAAAGUUAUUUAUUGUUAAAACAGUUUGCGGAAAAAACACACACCCCCUGCACCAGGGAUGGGCGCUGUUCUCCUCUCCCUUAAAAUUACUACACAGGGUGGGGUAUGAUAUUGCCUUGCCCUGUAGAGGUGAUUCACAGGGUGGGGUAUGAUAUUGCCUUGCCCUGUAGAGGUGAUUCACAGGGUGGGGUAUGAUAUUGCCUUGCCCUGUAGAGGUGAUUCACAGGGUGGGGUAUGAUAUUGCCUUGCCCUGUAGAGGUGAUUCACAGGGUGGGGUAUGAUGUUGCCUUGCCCUGUAGAGGUGAUUCACAGGGUGGGGUAUGAUGUUGCCUUGCCCUGUAGAGGUGAUUCACAGGGUGGGGUAUGAUAUUGCCUUGCCCUGUAGAGGUGAUUCACAGGGUGGGGUAUGAUGUUGCCUUGCCCUGUAGAGGUGAUUCACAGGGUGGGGUAUGAUGUUGCCUUGCCCUGUAGAGGUGAUUCACAGGGUGGGGUAUGAUGUUGCCUUGCCCUGUAGAGGUGAUUCACAGGGUGGGGUAUGAUGUUGCCUUGCCCUGUAGAGGUGAUUCACAGGGUGGGGUAUGAUGUUGCCUUGCCCUGUAGAGGUGAUUCACAGGGUGGGGUAUGAUAUUGCCUUGCCCUGUAGAGGUGAUUUCUUGUGCAAAUGUGUACAUGACGAGUUAAAUGUUUUCAUUCAUGAGAGCUAAUGAAGAUGUAUUCAGCUUGUGUCAAGCAUUUUAUUAAGUUAUUUUGGUAAUUGUUCUCUCAGGUUGGUUGUUUUAGGCAGAGUGGUCACUAUAUUUAUAAAUCAUUUGGUUCAUUAUGUCUUUUUCACAAGUUCUCUCUCGCACACACAAACACUGUGAAUGAGGAAGGAGUCACAAUGCAGUUGUAUUUUUAUUACAUGCACUUAAAAAUGUAUGCUGAAAGUAUCCAAAGUAAAAAAGUUUACGAAAGCAAUUGGGGGAAUCAAGAUGAACAAGUAAAGUGUAAAAAAUACUUUUAGUUCAUGGAAAGGAUACAAUAAACUGACAUGUUGUCAUUGUGCAUCUUA